GCGUCGUGGAUGGUCGUGGUGGUGGUGGUCAGUGAUGACCCAGUCUUCCUGGCCGCCUUCGCCCAACAGGCCCGUGAGGGUCGCCUGCUGGUGUGGGCCACGAGGCUCAUUGUGGUGAGCCGCCGCGCCCCACACCGCCUCCACCCUCUCCACCAGACUCUCGCCCUUACCAACUCCCUCUUGCUGCUGGCGGAUGGCGCGUCGGGGGUGAGCAGGACUGCUGGGUGGGUGGUGCUGCCAUACCAACGACCUGGCGUCGCUCCGCUGCAGGUUGCUUCCUGGACGGCUGGGGGCAACCUUUCAAUGCAUCGGCCACUCUUCUGGGACAAAUUUAACAAAAUGUCUGGAGAGGCAGAGUUGGUGGUGGCGAUGGAACGGAACCACAGGCAUAAAAUGAAAGAACAAUCAGACCCGACGGCUCCUGACGGCGUGAGGGUGCAGUUCAAGGGAUUCAUGGUCACCGUCCUCGAUUAUUUGGCGCAAGGACUCAACUUCUCGUAAGGCAAGAAAACGGAUAUAGCAUCUUGAUAUGUUUCAGGUGAUGAUAAAUUAACAAUUGAUAAUCGAGGUAUAUUAGUGUUUACAGUGCAUGAAAGUUUAAGAACAAUGCCUUUAUCUGUUGUUUUCCUGCGCCGGGAAAGGUACGCGUUCCGGAGGCCACCAGACGGAUCGUGGGGCGUGAAGGAGCGUGACGGUACCUUCACUGGCAUGGUGGGCCAGGUGUACAGACAGGACGUGGACCUUGGUUUGGGACCCUUCGCCUUAAAUGCUCCCCGAUUAGAGGCCGCCGACUUCACUUGGCCGGUUUCCCUCAUGUCUGUCCAGGUGUUCGCCGGUCGAGGGAGUGUCGAGGUGGACCCAUGGGGCUUUGUGCUGCCCUUUGGUCCGUGGGUGUGGGCUGCAGUGCUUGCUUUUCUCUUGCUGCUGUCUGUCGGUUCUUCCCUCCUUUCCUUCAAGUUCUCAGAGAAAGAUUUAAGAGAGGAAAGCUUUGCUUUCGUUAACAUUAUGCUCCGACAGUGUGAGUAUCCCGGUACUAAUUUUGAUAAUGUAUCAAUAGAACAGCAAUCUUAUUGGAUGUUCGCGCUUGCUUUUUUUUUUUCCUUUUAUUAUCCGUUUUAUUGUUGCUGAUGAUUUAAUUCGAAAACUGCGUUGCAACCUAAUUCGUGAUCUCUGACCUAAAAUACGUGGAAAUUCAACGAUCUACAUUACUGACUUCUCAUUUGUAAAUUGGACUUCAGGUCUGAAAGAGCUUUACAGUUUGUUUAUUUGAGCUCCCAAAAUACUUUUCGGUGAUAACAGUAAGUGUGCUCUGUGGUUACUAUCGAAGGUAUUAUACCGAAUUUUUGCAUCUGGGUCGGCCGCCUGUGAUCCCGCGGCUAUUCAGUGAGUGAAUCUGCAGCCAGCAAGCAUGCUGAUUGGCCACCUCUGAUCCUCUGUAUUUGAGUUUUUUUUUUUUCUACAUAGCGCAUCUUAUUGAAUAAUGACUAGUGUCAUAAAUCGUCCCUUAUUUCAAAACUGUUAUGACAUUGAUGGCAGCGGUAGGAUAUGAACUUUCCCAAAGAGACUGGUAACUGUGUGGGCACAGAAGGGGACGACUUUGCAGUCCAUAGCAACUCACGUUAUCUGCCGUGAACCCGCGGCGACUUUGCUCACAAUGAGUGAAUCUGAGGGAGGCCAGCGUGCGGGGUGGAUUAAUGCGAACAGAUCAGUGCUCGCAACACUGCUAAUUCACAUAACGUCUCUUGGUCCGGCAGCCGUGUGGGUGGGUGAGGGCGGGUGGUGGUGGCAGCGCGUGGUGCUGGGCGUGUGGAUGCUGAUGACCAUGGUGCUGACGCGGAGCUACGAGGGCAAUCUUAUGUCGCUGCUGGCCGUGAGACACCUGCCCCAGCCCUACCAGACCCUCAGGGACGUGGUGGACGACCCCUCGGUGGUCAUGGUCUGGGAAAAGCAAGGAGCGCCUAUGCAGACGGUUAUGGAUGCCACUUCUGGUAUAUUCCACGAGGUGAAGAGGAGUGAGGAGCAAGGGCGCCUCAACCUUCAACCAGUGUACACGUAUUCCUCUAUCUUGGACGAUAUUAUAUACCAACGUAAAGUGAUUAUCGACUAUGAAGUAGUACUGACGGUCACUAGAAGCAAUUACUUCUCUCGCACAGGUCGAUGUGACUUGUACCUUGGGCAGGAGAGAAUUCUUGCUCAUCCCCUCGCCUUGAUCGGCCAGAAGGACAGCCCUCUCGUCCUGGCCCUCAGUGCUCGGAUAAUCUCCAUGACCGAGGCUGGACUGUACGUACACUGGAACUCUGCAACUAUUCCCAACUCCAGCGCCUGUGCCCAAGUGCCGACCAAGAUCACCAUCAGCUCGUCUCUCUCCCUCAGGCAGUGCUGGGCCAUGCUUGUGCUACUGUUAGGAGGACUAGCGGUUGGCCUCGCCACUCUCUUUUUGGAGGUAAUGAUGGCUGGAACCUUGGGUUGCUGAGCUCAACGGUAAUGGACCCCGGAAUGCUGUUACGUCCGCGCGCGC